GUAAUUCAGCACUGUGUGCGUAGAUGUCGAAUGAAAUGGAGGUUGUCCUUCUGUUCUGUUUACUUCCCCUUCUGACCAUCGCUGCUGACAAUGGACAACACCAAGAUUGCCCCGAAGGCUGGAUAGUGGUGAACAGAAAGUGCUACAAGCUUGUGGAAGAAGCAGUUGAUAGAGACACGGCAUCUUCCAGAUGCGAAUCCCGCUUUGGUGCUAAGUUAGCAGUCAUUGAGAGCGAGGAAGACAAUACUGGAGUGAAAGAUCUGAUCCAUGGUCACGGGAACGCGUGGAUCGCUCUAUAUUGGACUGGCCGAUAUUUUAGGUGGGACCAAACAGAUCAGUAUCAUUUGGGAUUUGCAAACUGGCAGGGAUCUCGCCAUGGUAGAAGGUCCAGAAAACACUGCACAAAGAUACUCGACACCGGGAUUUGGAAUGCCGAGUAUUGUCAUGUAGAAUACCCCUAUGUAUGUUUCAAAAAAGCUGUGUGUAAGCCUGGAUGGACGGGACAUUACUGUGAGCGCGAGUGUCACUGCUACGCGGGCUAUCUCUGUAAUGGAACCGAAGCUUGUCCGUAUGGGUGCGAACCAGGAUACAGCGGAGAUAUGUGCGAUGAAUAUCAAGUGAAAACUACAGUGUCCUCUUACUGCAUCAAGAAAAGGGGAGGAUAUUACUCUCUGAUGGUCUUCUUUCCCUGGUUGGAUGUUCUCGCCUUCCGCAGAAUGGGGGCUGUGGAUGCUGAUGGCGAGAUUAGUCCCAGCUGUGCCAACAGUAGAUUUGACAAAAGUCUGAGAUGGGAAACUCGCUUACGUGUUCAGAUUCACAACGAGUCAGGAGUCUUGAAACCAGACUGCCCUGCACAGACAGUCGGUGACGGAAUCCUGCAGUGGACCUUCAGGCUUCAGAAGCAAGAAGAGGUUGUGUCCUUUGAAGAUCAGGAAUAUCAAGUCCAGUGUGAUCUGUCUGAAGCUGAUGCCGUAUACGCUGCCGAGAAAGUUGAGAUAGAGGAUCUUCGCGAGAGGUCAAUAACAGUUGCUACACAGACAAGGGUCAAUAUCUGGACAUACCUGGCUUCCACGGAUACACUGACACCGGUGACUAACCUCAGCAUUGGUGUCCCCGUCAGACUGGUCGUCACGCGUCCUCAAGAGGAUAAUAUAGUCAAUCCGUUGUUUCAUCCGUGGAACUGUCAAGCUGCAUCUCCAGAUGGAAAGGUUGCUGUACAACUGACUGACGCCCACGGAUGUUCUCGGAAGAAAGUCAUGGGCUUUGGACGACUUAACGAGACCUCUGGUGUGCACCAGUCGGGGAUAUUUCCAAUGUUUCAGUUGAGGGGGUACUCUAAGGUGGUGUUUUAUUGUGCUCUUGUACCUUCGCUAAGGCCAUAUAAUGAGCAUGUCUGUACAUAGCAGAUGAAAGGUCAACGCCAGUGUAGUGAAAACAUGAUUGUCACUCAUACACUAAAGGUGAUGUAAAUGUACAUACAUACAUACAUACAUACAUACAUACAUACAUACAUACAUACAUACAUACACACAUACA